AUGGAGACUCCAUAUCAAAACCACAUUGCUAAAUCUGACUUUGAACAUGUCUAUGAGCCAGCUGAAGACAGUUUCCUGUUAAUUGAUGCCUUAGAAAAAGAACUAGAUAUUAUAAAAACCAAAAACCCCAUGUUUUGUCUCGAAGUUGGAUCUGGCAGCGGAGUUGUUAUUACAGCUUUUGGUAUGGCCUUUCCAGAAGCAUUUUGUAUAAGUACAGAUGUCAAUUUCAAAGCUUGUGAAAUGUCACAGUCCACAGCAAAGUACAAUAAAGUUUUGAUGGAUACUGUCAAUAUGGAUCUCGCUAGUUCUUUUGUUAAUGGCAUGUUUGAUGUGAUAAUAUUCAAUCCUCCCUAUGUGGUAACAGAAACAAGCGAAUGCGGUGGAAUGGAUAUUACUGCAAGUUGGGCUGGUGGCAAUAAAGGCCGAGAAGUGACAGAUAGACUCCUCAACAUGAUACCAAAGAAACUAGCACAAGAUGGCAUCUUCUAUAUUUUGCUGAUUGAAGAUAACAUUCCAGAAGAAGUAACUGAAAUAAUGACAACGCUCGGAUAUAAAUCGCAAAUGGUUAUCAGUAGGAAGGUUAGGAAUGAACAGCAGCUUGUGAUGAAGUUUUACAAGUGAAUGAGUUUGUUAUUUUGAUUGUUUGAUUGAUUAAUUUAUCAAUUACUUGUACAAUAAGGUUUAAUAAAAAAUAUAUUUCAUAA